CUAGACCGGACUCAGCAGACACCCUACCGGACACACAAUGACGGCUUGAAGCCAUCAAGAGAAACUGCAAUGGAAUUUUGUUGGGAUACGGACCCAUUCCUAUUCCGUUCCGCCCACCAUUGGUGUACAGCUCCAAGGUAAAGAUACAUGCCGGAUUGAGAGCAAAACUCAGCUAUGAAAAUGACCCAUUACUCCAAGCAGCCAUGAAUGCGGCAUCACUUCGUUAUCAAGAGACCCAUAGACAAGAACGGCUUUUUGUUGACCCAUAUGCUGGUUGCUUUGUCCAUCCCAACAUUCAAAACGGAUUUAAAGAAGAAACGGAGUCAUUAGUGCCUUGCAACAAAGUUCAUUGAUGACAAGUUGCUUCGUACAGUUAACCAUAUUGAUGGGCUUAAGCAGGUUGUUUUGUUAACAGAUGGCAUGGAUACUCGGCCAUAUAGGCUUAACUGGCCAACUUCAACGAUUAUAUUUGAUAUUUCCCCAGAACAGGUGUUCAAAAGGGCUGCUGAAAAACAUAGAGCUGUAGGGGCAAAGAUUCCAGGAGGUUGUUCUCUUAUUUACAUCCCACAAGAGUCUUCUAACAUUCAACAAAUUUGUGCACAAAAGGCAUUUUUGGUAGUCACCCAAAUAUAUAGGCUAUUCAGGUGACAAUUACACAUUGUCCGUGGUAACUUAAUAAUGGGGAACAUUAACUUACCUAUGGAAUUUUAUUUUAUUUUAUUUUUUUAAUGCUAGGGACUUCCUUUGACGACCUUGGCAAGUUUUGAAGAGAUUUUAUUUGCUGUUAGUGGUUUGGCUAUGAAUGGUAGUUUUUUCUUAGGAGAAUUGCCACCAUGGUUGGCAGAAACUGAAGUUGGAAGCAAGUCUACUACAAACAAAUGGGUUGAAAAGAAUUCACUAGCUAUGGUUUCUGUGUGGAUGUGAUUAGCUACAAUGAUGUUGCUACAAGUUUAGGGAAAGAAAUAGAAACAAAGGAUAUUAUAAGAACAUAUUAUUUGUUGCAGAACUUCGAUUUUCUGAUGAUCAGGUAUGACUUUUGAUUCUGGGUCUCAUUUUAAAGACAAAAGAACCACGUUGUGUUACUCUGCUUGUGGUACUUAGAGCUAUUUAUAUAGAAUUGCACACAAAAGACAUGCAUACUUAUUUGUUCAAGGAUAUAUUAUUGCUUCUGCACUUUAGAAGAAAAGGCUAGGACAAAUACAAUUUAUCCUACGCCUUUUUUUUCUUUUUUUUUUUCUCUUCUUAGAACUUGAAGCUAUAAAUUUAUGGCUUUUGAAGGUUAGGCAAAAUUUAUGUGCCCAUUUGGCUCUGCCUAGAAUGAUGCUAGAUUGCAGAGCAAGCCACCUUGCCUUUGAUAACAUUCUUGUUCUUAAUAUUGGUUUUGAUGCAAUUAUUUGAGCGAUCUAUACCAAAUAUUCUAAUUACAUGCUAAAAUCAGUCUGCUUUUCGAAAUGGUGAUUGAGGGAGCACUAGUAAUUUUGUAUUUUUUUACUCUACUUAACCAGUCUAUAAAUAGAGGAUGAUAAAAGGUUAGCUAUAUUUUAUUUAUUUCUUGUUGGGAAUAUUUCUGUAUGAAUGACGAACAUCUAAAAUGGAUAUGCUCAUUACACAUGAAAUGAACUCAUGUGCCAAUGUAUUUGCUUUUCUCACAGAUGGAAACUUGGGGAAGAGCAUUUCGAAUGGUUGAGGAAGAGGGAGAUGAAGAAGGUUUUGAGGAGCUGUAAAUGAGAAAAAAACUUGUUAGAAGGCAAAGACACAAACACAUCUUUCCCCCUGUUCUGCUCUGUUUUAUCUCUCUAGCAAAAGUUAUGCUGCAUCUCCUGCUAAUUGUAUAGAAGACCCCAAACUAGAAUCAUAAAUAUACAGUACAUUUUAUUUUGUGUACGCCUGAUUGCUUUAAAGGUUUAACAUUUUUACAUC